AACGCGCCCGGGACACCGAGCAAAGCGGAUUAAAGUCCCGCAGAGAUGGCGGGGGAGGCCGAGGACGAGAUACCAGAGUCGGGAGCAGUUUUUACUUUUGGGAAGAGUAAAUUCGCCGAUAAUGUCCCCAGUAAAUUCUGGCUUAAAAACGACGUCCCACUCAAAAUCGCCUGUGGGGACGAACACACCGCCUUAAUAACGGAAAAUGGGAAACUCUUCAUGUUCGGCAGCAACAACUGGGGCCAACUCGGUCUGGGAUCCAAACUGACUGUGAACAAGCCGACGUGUGUGAAAGCUCUGAAGUCUGAGAAAGUCCAGCAUGUGGCCUGUGGAAGAAACCACACCCUCAUCUGCACCGCUCAGGGAAAAGUGUACACCUCGGGGGGGAACAGCGAGGGUCAGCUGGGGCUCGGCGACUGCGAGGAGAGGACGGCGUUUCAGCGGGUCCAUUUCCUCGAUUCCCACGGACCAAUGAAAAUGCUCGCUGCGGGUUCAAACACCUCCGCUGCUCUCACAGAAAGUGGAAAACUCUUCAUGUGGGGGGACAACGCUGAGGGUCAGGUCGGUUUGGGGAAGGAGAGUCACGCCACCUCGCCGCAGGAAGUCAGCGUGGGACAACCGAUCAGCUGGGUGUCCUGCGGAUACUACCACUCUGCCUUAGUGACGGUUGACGGAGACCUCUACACGUUUGGAGAGCGUGACAGCGGCAAACUGGGUCUGGGCACCGGCCAGCUGCCCAGACACCGAGUCCCCCAGGUGGUGAAGAGCAUCAAGGAGCCGGUGACACAGGUGGCCUGUGGGGGUGGACACACUGUGGCGCUAACAGAGGAAGACGUGUACACGUUCGGCCUCGGCCAGUUUGGACAGCUCGGUCACGGGACGUUUACAUUCGAGUGCCGGACGCCGCGUCUGGUCGAACACUUCAGGAAGGGGCGGGUCCGUCAGGUGGCCUGCGGAGAGAAUCACACUGCACUGGUCACUGAUGGGGGUUUGCUCUACACAUUUGGAGAUGGCCGACACGGUAAACUGGGCCUCGGAGAAGAGAACUUUACCAACCAGUUCAAACCAACCCUGUGUCCACGCUUCCUCAAGUACAACGUCCAGGCAGCUGUGUGCGGCGGCUGUCACAUGGUGGUGUUGGCUCAGCCGAGGGAUCAGACCUGCAGCGAUGUGACGCUGGAGGAGGACGACGUGACGGAGGUUUACCUGGAGAGGCCGUACGUGGAGCUGCUGGGGGAGACGGGCGACUCCUCCGCCCUGCAGAGGAGCCUCUCUGCUCGGGUUCGCCGGAGGGAGAGGGAGAGAUCUCCAGAACAGUUUGGUACCAUGUUCAGCACUCUGCAGGCCAUGACACCUGGCUACCUCCAGCCGCCGCUUCCCGUCUCCAGCCACACCAUCCCGCCCAGAGAGACUCCGCCCGAGCUCACCCACAGAAAGGUGCUCAACGGCGCUCACCGACACAGGAGCGCAGGGUCAAACCACCAGGGGGGCGAUGCAGACAGCCUCGUGGAGAGCCUGACCGACACCGACAGCGUUAAAGGUCUGGGAGAAACCACAGACUUCCUCAACAUGACGCAUGUGAUGAAGAUGGACCCCAGUGAUCAAACCCUCACUCUGUCUCCAGUCCAGAAGAGGAAGGGUAAGCAUGGUAAGACCACAGGACAGAAAGAGAACCUAGCGAGGAAGAGAAACCUCUCGAGGCAGAGCAGUUUCUCUUCGACUCCCCCAUCUCGUAGGAGCGAGACUGUCUCUCCUUGCCAGGCGUUGCCCUCUGAGCUCAUGAGGAGCCGCAGUGCUUCACAGAGACAGAAGACAGCAAACCUGAAUAAAGAGAAUGUGAUGGGGGAGCUGGAGAGGAGACCCAGUAAAAACAAACUCCUGAAUGCAGGGGACAGCAGGGAGGCAGCAUCUAAGCAGCGACCCAGGUCAGCGCAGGGUAAAAGCAAAGUGAUAGAGGUUGGCAGGAAGCAGUUUCCAGGGUCGAAACAGAGUCCUGAAACAAAAGAGAUAGCUUCAGGUGUUGGCUCUGUGGCCAAAGGUAAGCAAGCUCAGCCGAAACCUUUAAAAAGCAAACCGAUAAUCGUGCAGAGUCAUCAAGCGGGAGUUAGUUUGCAGAGUAAACGUAAGGACUCGUCUGGAUUUCACCUGAGUGACGCCAUGGAAGAGAAAAGCCUUCAACUGGUUUCCGGGACGAAAAGACGCCCCAAAGCUAAAGAGGUCCCCGAUUUGUCCAAACAAUCUAAGAAUGAGAAAAACAAAAAAGAGGCUCAAUCAGAGUCGCUAGAUCUCGGUCUGCUCGCUGCGACCACCUCACUAGCUGCCGGAGCAGUGAUAGCACAUGAGGUGGUGUCCAGAAGCCACUUUAGCUCGCUGUCGUCAUCUGAGAGCAGCCAAGGUGUCCUGAAAGACAAUGCUAGGAAAUCAAGAAGUGAUCAAUCUGCCGAUUUAAGCCACAAAUCCGCAGUCAGCAUCAACAUAACACCCGUGUCUGAGAGUCCUGACGAGAGGGUGACGAGCCUGGAUGAAAGUAAGGAGGAGAGCGACGAGCAGUCAAACUCUGCAACAGUCAAACAGGAGGAGGAGGAGGAGGAGGAGGAGGAGGAUGAAGAUGAGAAGGGGCAGAGAACGAGUGCAGACAUAAGUGAAGAAGAAGAGGAGGAGGAGAGCCAGAGUGUCGAGAAAGUCACAGCAGUUGAAGAAGAUGAAGAAGACAGUGACACUCUUCAACCCGAAGAUGAAUCGGAAACAAGCAGGGAUGAGGUGGAAGAGGAGAGUGCUGCUGAGGAAGAGGAGGAGGAGGAAGAGGCAGGAGGGAGUGAAAGUGAAGAUGAGACUGAAGAGAAGGACAGCAAAGGAGGUGAUGUAGAGGAUGAGGAGGAACACGAGGAAGCAUCAAGUCAGGAGACGGAAAGCAAGGGAGGAGAGAGUGAAAACGAGGAGGAGGAAGGUGAAGCAGAAGAAGAGGGGGAUUUAGAAAGCGAGGGUGAAGAAGAAGAGGAGGAUAAAACUGAACCUUUAAAGCCAUUGGAAGACAGAGAAGAGAGUGAGGUAGAGAGUGCGGGAGAGACUGAGGAUGAGGGAGAAGAGGGGGAUGACGAGGGGGAAAAGGAGAGUAGUGCCGAGGAGGAAGAGGAGGAGAGUAGUGAGGAAGAAGAGAGCGAAAAUGAGGCAGAAAGUGACAAAGACAAUGAGGAAGAGGAAGAUGGUGAUAGUGAGGAGGAGGAAGAGGAAGAGGAGGAGGAGGAGGAAGAGGAAGAGAGUGAUGAGGAAGAGACGGAGGCUAAAGAAAGUGAGGAGGAGGAGGGGGAGGAAGAAGAAGAGGAGGAAGAAGAAGAGAGUGAAGAGGAGGAGGAACAAGAGGAGGGGGAAGAAAAAGAGGAUGAGGAAGAGGAAAAAGAGACUGAAGAGGAGGAAGAAGAAGAGGAAGAAGAAAAAGAGAGUGAAGAGGAGGAAGAAGAAGAGGAAGAAGAAAAAGAGAGUGAAGAGGAGGAGGAAGAAGAGGAGGGGGAAGAAAAAGAGGAUGAGGAAGAGGGUGAUAGUGAAGAUGAGGAGGAGGAGGAGGAGGAGGAAGAAGAAGAGGAGGAAGAGGACAAAAAAGUCAAAAGUGCAAAAUCUACAAGUAAACCCAGGUCAGGGGGCAAAGGUAAUGCAGCGGGUGAGGAGGAGGAGUUUUGGGGCGAUGUCUUACCUCAGUACCUCAACCUGAAAUAACAGCGAGCUUUAAACUCAUUAUUUUAUUAUUAAUCAAC